GAGAGAGAGGAUGAGUGUGGAUCAGUGUGGUGCGUAACUGUCCUCUUCAACUAAAACCGAGGUUUUCAUCUCUACUGGUACAACUGAGAGUCAUCAGCUGAUCAGCCAUGCGAUUGGUCAGCAUGCAGCAUCGUGGGCGGAGGGCAGCAGAGCCUGAGGAGGAGCCUAAUCGUGCCCCACCCCCUCCGCCUCCUCCCUCUCAUCACUCUCACAACUUCAUAAAUAUGAAAAACAAGUUCUUCAAUGAGCUUGGGCAUCUACCAAACCCUAAGAUCAAAUUGCCCAUGUGGGCAAUUGGAGCCAUAGUUGUGGUUGUACUUGCCCUGGUUGGCUGCCUUGCUUUCUGCAUUUAUAAGAAGUGCUUGGGAGGAAAGAAGAAAACAAAGAAAGUGAGAGAGAGGAAGGGAGGACGCAGACGGAUGAAAAAGGAGGGAGAUGGAGAAGGAGGCGAGGAACAACCUAAGGAAGGAGAGGGCGAGGGUGAUAAAGAAGCCGAGUGUUAUGGAAAGUUGGAGUAUACUUUGGACUACAACUUCACUGAAAAUCAGCUCAUUGUUGGUGUCUUACAAGCCCAAGACCUUCCUGCUAUGGAUAUGGGUGGAACAUCUGACCCCUAUGUCAAAGUAUAUAUGCUACCAGACAAGAAAAAAAAGUUUGAGACGAAAAUCCAGCGCAAGAACCUUUGUCCUGUUUUCAACGAGACAUUCAUUUUCAAGAUCCCCUUUAAUGAUCUUGCUGGGCAGACCCUGGUCCUUCAGGUGUUUGACUUUGACCGAUUUGGUAAACAUGAUGUAAUUGGAGAGAUCAAAAUCCCCAUGAACAGUGUUGAUCUGGGUCAACCCAUACAUGAAUGUAAAGACCUGGUUGGAGGAGAGAAAGAAGAACAAGAAAAGCUGGGUGACAUCUGUAUCUCCCUGCGUUAUGUGCCCACCUCGGGUAAGCUCACUGUGUGUAUCAUGGAAGCCAAAAACCUGAAGAAAAUGGACGUGGGAGGUUUAUCAGAUCCUUUUGUAAAAGUGGUGUUGCAACACAAUGGAAAGCGUAUUAAGAAGAAGAAGACAACUGUUAAGCAGAACACAUUGAAUCCUUAUUUCAAUGAGAGCUUUAGCUUUGAAAUCCCCUUUGCUCAAAUACAGAAGAUCCAGGUGCUGAUCAAUGUCUAUGACUAUGAUAAGCUGGGGAGCAACGAUCCAAUUGGGAAGUGCUGGAUCGGGUUUGGUGCUAGUGGAGUGGGUCUGCGCCAUUGGUCAGACAUGUUGGCUAAUCCCAGACGCCCUGUGGCACAGUGGCACACACUUCUUACUGAAGAGGAAGUAGAUGCUGCCCUUAAGGCACCUAUCCGCUAAACAUACAUUUGUUUUACAGUAAAUCAAAAAGGUUUGCAAAUAUAUUUAAACACAACUGCAAUCUGUAUUUCACCAUUGUUGAUGACUUUCCAGCCUAUUCAAGAAUUAUAUUCACUGUAUUUGCACCUAUCUGAUUAGUUGUGUAUAUUUUAAAACAUUAUUUUCAACUGGCAACACACUCAUACAGUCGUCACAUCUGUCCCCACGCUGAUGUUUUUGAGAAUUGUUUAUUAUUACCUUCUGUGUUGUAUUAUUUCCUUUAACCUUACUAUGAAACACACGAGGAGGAAUCAUUUUAAAACUGUUAUUCUGUAUAUUUUGUUCAUCUGGAUUUUGUUUCUUAUUUAAAAGUUUGAAAAUGUUUGAUAGUGUUGGAUCUUUGUUUGUAUUUAUUCGUAACUCUUUAAGAACAAUCCUAAUUUUUCUUCUCAUUCUGUGAAACAAGAUGGCUAUAAAUACAACAUACGUCACAAA